AUGGGGGGGUCUCUCUGCCCUGAAGGAGUCAGAGGCAACUCCAGGACCAUCAGGUGCAUGGCAGAUGAUCUAGGGCCGGGCUUUGGGGGAACAGCCAGUGUCGAAAUGCUGCCCGAGGACGGCGGCUGCAGGCCCAAGACCAGAGCUGGGCUAGCAUCCAGGAGCAACAGUGCACGCUGGGCUCUGACCUGCUGCCUCGUGUUGCUCCCCAUCCUGGCAGGACUCACCACCUAUCUGCUCGUUAGCCAGCUCCGGGCCCAAGGAGAGGCCUGUGUGUUCCAGACUCCAAAAGGACAGGAGCUUGGACCUUCACAUCAGCGAUCUUAUGCACCUCCUGGAGCCGGUGGGGAUAAGCCAAGGGCACACCUGACAGUUGUGAGACAAACUCCCACGCAGUCCUUGAAAAAUCAGUUCCCAGCUCUGCAUUGGGAACAUGAACUUGGCUUGGCCUUCACCAAGAACCGGAUGAACUACACCAACAAAUUCCUGGUGAUCCCAGAGUCGGGAGACUACUUUGUUUACUCUCAGGUCACAUUCCGAGGGACCACAUCCGAGUGUGGUGAAAUCAGCCAAGGGAGCCGACUAAACAAGCCAGAUUCCAUCAUCGUGGUCAUCACCAAGGUAACGGACAGCUACCCUGAGCCAACCCAGCUCCUAAUGGGGACCAAGUCAGUGUGUGAAAUAGGCAGCAACUGGUUCCAGCCCAUCUACCUAGGGGCCAUGUUCUUCUUGAAUGAAGGGGACAAGCUGAUGGUGAACGUCAGUGACAUCUCUUUGGUGGAUUACACAAAAGAAGAUAAAACCUUCUUCGGAGCCUUCUUGCUAUAGCGGCAAGGCAGAUGUCAUUGUGUGAAGGUCCUCUGCCUCUUAGCUCCUAAUUUUCCUCGUUCAUAUGUAAUUAUAACUAGAAGGUUUUUUUGGAACAUCCAUAGAGACAGUGGUUAAGCCAUGAAAUUUAGGGGCCCAAAGUUCACACUUGAUGUGCCUUACUGAUGAGAAUACUAAUUGGAAAAAGGCAUAAGAGAACAGACCUAUUAUCAUGGUUGCUUGGAAGUGUGGUGAGUUUCUAAACAUUAAAACACUGAUCACCAAAUGAAUGGAACAUUUCCACGCCUUCCUACUACACAUUUGUCACCAGAGGGCCCAGAUACUGUUCAAUUUUAUUAUGAAGAAUUUGCUUCGGUUCAGGAACCUUAAAAACAAAAUCUAAUGCCCUAGAAAACAGUGUAAACCCUUCAGAGGCAAAAUUCUACAUCAGUUCCUCUAAACAUAUACUUUAAUGCCUUGCCU